CUCUUCGUAAUACCUAAUACUUAUUGGAAAGCUACCUAGAAAUGGGCAAAGCUAGUACUUGCGCGCACCGCACUUUGAUGGUGUUCUUGUAUUUUCGCCCAGCUCACCCCUAAAUGUCUCCCCCUUUCUUCUUCCAUGUGCUCAUUUAUCAUCCUCGUAACCAUCCUUCUCCUAUUUGCUGUUAUUUACGGCGGAAGAGACGAUGGCCAUGGCGGACCACACGGUUUUCUCCGAGGAGGAAAUCCCAUACUACCGAGCUCUGCUGUCAUGGGAUCCUGACGACAGCAGCAACGACGAUAACAACUUCAUCAACAACAACCAGACACCUGACAGCCAGAUACAUGACAACCACGACCAUGAGCCAGAAGAGAUCGCGCGAGAGCAAGUCUGCACCCCAGAACCACCCGUGGGCCAGUUCAUGGUUCUGGUCCUGGGAGAUAAAGGAUGUGGGAAGACGGCGAUACUUGAGAGGUUCUGCAACAACACCUUCUCCCCCCCCGAAACUCACCCUCACCCGCACCCGCACCCCCGCCGCACCCCCCCUCCCUCCAAAGUCCUCGAAACCGAGCGCGGGUACCACCACCGCAUGGCCCUCGACGCGCAGCCAUACAUCCUCAACGCCCUCGAGCUGCCGCUCUGGCACCUCUGGAGCCGCGCGCACAUCUCGCAGGCCGUGCAGAUCACCGAGGCCGCCCUGCUCGUCUACGACGUCACCUCGCGCGCCUCCUUCGACUUCGUCGUCGGCGUCUACGCCCUGCUCGAGCAGCUGCUCCUCCUCACCCCUGGAAGCGGAAACGGAAACGGGGGCGACCGCGUGUACGGCCUCGUCCUCGUCGGCACCCACGCCGACGACGCCUCAUCCUCCUCGUCUGCCAUCAACAACAGCAGCAACAACAGCAGCAGCAGUCACGCAAACCCCGAGUUACCACUACUGCCCAGCGAUAAGGAGCGCGAGGUAACCUGGGCCGAAGGCUACCGCCUCGCGCAGAGCUUCCCCUCGAGCGCCGGCGCCGGCAUCGGCAUCGGCAGCAACAACAACGCAAGCGGCUGCGCCUUCUUCGAGACGUCCGCCAAGACCGGCCUGAACAUCGACCUCCUGUUCCCGCAGCUCGGGAAGGAGUGUCUGAAGGCGAGGUGGCUGAACCACCAGCGGCGGCAAGCUGCGUCUGGUGCCCGCCGUCACUGUAGCUACCAGCAGGAGCAGGAGGAGGAGCGGGAAAGGCAGGAGAGGUAUGAACGGCAGCAGCAGCGCAUUGGGAGGUGGAAGUCGUGGACGCGGCCGUGGCUCAAGAGAAAGCACGGGAGGGAUAGGAAGGCUGGGGCGCCUUAUUGAGUGGGUGUCUGUCGUUUUCUGUUACCUACCACCAGGCAUG